AUGGCGAUCAACGCGAGCGAAGACACCGAAUUCAACGAAGCGCUCCGCAAGCACGGCAUCCUCCCGCCCCUCCCGGAGGCCCCCCGCACGCCCUCACCCCCGCCCCCGCCGACGCUCGAAGAACGCUACGCCAACCACAGCGCGGCGCAGCUCCGCGAGCUCGCCGCAGAGGCCCCCGACGACGAGACGGAACGCAUCCUCGAGCUCCUCCGGCGCCGGCGGCUGCAGGAGGCCCGCCAGCUCGAGGCGGCGCGCUUCGGGCGCGUGUACCCGAUCUCGCGGGAGGACUACACGCGCGAGGUGACCGAGGCGAGCGCGGCGAACGAGGACGGCGACGCGCAGGCGCGGGGGACCGGCGUCGUCGUCUUCCUCUACAAGGACGGCAUCCCGUACAGCGACCACGCGAAAACGCUCGUAAACGAGGUCGCGCGGAGGCACCCGCACACUAAGUUCGUGUCCAUCGUCGGCGACAAGUGCAUCCCGAACCUCCCGGACGUGCGGCUGCCGAUGCUCAUCGUCUACCGGAAAGGGGAGGUGCUGAACCAGCUGGUGGCCUGGGGGGCCGAUCGCCCGCGGCUUGUCGAAGAGCUCGAGGCCGUCCUCAUCCUCGCUGGGGCGAUCAUUCCUCGACAGAGUAUGCGGGCUGAUAAAGAUCGCGAUGGCUCUGAUGGUUCUGACAUCGACGACUUGGACGACGAUGGACCGAGUUCGCGCAUGCCAUCAGCAAGCACUCGGACAAAUGCGAGAGCACCCAAGAACAUCAGACGGAAGAAGGAUGACGACUCCGACUCGGAUUUCGAGUUUGACCUAUGA